UGAUACGAAACCACACAAUCAUCUUAACAUAGGACCACGGAUUUCCAUUCUUACACUAUUAUUAUUAUCUUUUCUGGUACAACAAGGGGACCAUAGUAAAGUAGACAACAAACACAAAAACACACGUAUGUGUAUCAUGGUUCUACAAUACAAUGCUACCUUUAUAUAUAUCUAGGUGUUUGUGAAGGAUUGGAAAACACAAGAGAAGAAGAGAAAAGAUGGAAGAGGAAAGUGAGAUGAAAGAAUCAAGGUUUAAGAGGAUUUGUGUGUUUUGUGGUAGUAGUCCUGGUAAUAAGAGUAGCUAUAAAGAUGCUGCUAUUGAGCUUGGAAAAGAAUUGGUCUCAAGAAAUAUUGAUUUGGUAUAUGGAGGAGGCAGCACUGGUUUGAUGGGUUUGAUAUCUCAAUCUGUUUAUGAUGGUGGUCGACAUGUUAUUGGGGUAAUUCCAAGGACACUAAUGCCAAGAGAGAUAAGUGGAGAGACAGUGGGGGAAGUGAAGGCAGUAGCAGAUAUGCAUCAAAGAAAAGCUGAAAUGUCUAAACAUUCUGAUGCUUUUAUUGCCUUACCUGGUGGCUAUGGGACACUUGAGGAGCUUCUUGAGGUCAUAACUUGGGCUCAACUUGGCAUCCAUGAUAAACCAGUUGGGUUGUUGAAUGUAGAUGGAUACUACAAUUCUUUGUUAUCUUUCAUUGACAAAGCUGUGGAGGAAGGUUUCAUUUGCCCUAAAGCUCGACAUAUAAUUGUAUCUGCCCCAUCAACAAAAGAUCUUGUUAAAAAGAUGGAGGAAUAUUCUCCACAACACGAAAGAGUUGCAUCUAAGUUAAGCUGGGAAACUGGACAGUUGGAUUAGUCCUCAGAUCAUGACAUCUCAAAUUGUGGUUAUUAUAUGAUAAUGAAACAAGAAAUUACUGUUAUUAUCAAUAGAUUUUUUUGUAUGCUUUUGGAUUUUUAUUUAUUUUUGUUGAUUAGUAUAAAACAACAUAACUGACUGUAAUCUAAUUAUGAUGACUAGUUACUAUGUUAAAUAGUAUGAAUUAUGUUUUUUUAAGACUGAAUUAUUUGUCAAAAAACAUGGUAAUAUAAUAGAUGUUAUAAUAGAUGUUAGAGGGUUAGUGCUAGGAAGUCCAUUUUGAAGCCCAAUAAGCCCAUCAGAAAAAAGAAGAGAUUAGUUAUGUUCAAAGAUUUUUAUUAGUGAAAAAAGGAGUCCAGUUAGUAAUUUUUCUACAUU